AAAUAUCUUCCCAAAUGAACGAAUGAAAUUCAGUGAAUAUUCAAACUCACGCUCCUAAAAUGUCAAGUAGAUAUGCGGGUAUAUUUAUAAAAGGUGACUCUCAAAGAUAUGAGUUUUUACCAAAUUUCUGGAUGAAAUUAGUAAAGCAUGAAGACUAUAGACAUCCUCCAAAUGUUGUUAAAUUUGAAGUUCAUUUAAACAUGAGUAAAUUUGAUAUAAAAAAUUAUCUUGAAAAAAUUUACAAUGUUCCUGUUGCUUGCAUAUGUACAAGGAUAAAGGAUGGUGGGUAUGGGCAACUAUACAAUGGCAAUCCAGUUCGUAGACCUGACAUCAAAUUUGCCUAUAUAACUUUAGGACUUAAUCAAACCUUCCAGUUUCCCAAAAUCGAAGAUAAAGAUAAAACUCAGCCUAAAGAAUUAGAAGGUCAAAAGGAAGUUGAAGAAGAGUUGAAAAAAUUUGAUUCAAAUAUCCAGAAGAAAAUUCAGAACAAGCCCAAUAUACCUUUAUGGUUUGGGAUUUAAUAAUUAAAUAUUAUAUAAAUUUUUUACAUGCAUUAUAAUAUAUUUUUCUCGUGAUAUAAAAUAUAAUAAA